AUGUUUCGACCACGCCUAAAGGUUCUUCCAGGGAAAGUAAGCGGAGUGGUUGAAUUAUCACUCCAGCAGGAACUCUCAGAUUUCAUGGAACAGAUUGAAAUUUGUAACAAGAAAACCAGCCGAGAAAAAUGUGUGAGACUUGAAGAAAGUGCAGGUGACAGUGACAGCUGUCCUCAUAAGCUGUCAGAAACCUUGUUUGCCAUCUGGGAAAAAUAUAGGAAUCGUCUUCAGAAACAAAUACUACAUAGCAAACUAAUUGAGAUAGGAGAUUUUCUGUUGGAAUGUAAGCAUUGCUAUCUUGCGGAGACGCAUUGCUACAGCCUUGCUCUGUGCGAGAUUUCGUCUACGAACAUAUUCAGCAUAACUGAUGGGCUACAGCUCGAAAAAGAAUUUUUCGCUAGUGGACUGGACUCUCCACUUUCACUACUCACAGGUCGUGCAUUGCUAGGAGUUGUGGGCUGUAGGUGUGAGACUCUCUGUGAAUCCAAAGCACCUAUAGAUGCAAGCACCAUUUGCAGUGUGAUGAAGCUUCUAAAGUUUCUGCAGAUAUUCAUGCAGUAUGUUUUGCAAGUACCGGAGGUGUUCUGGCUCGUCUAUAAUGCCACCGUGCUGAUGUACGGUUUGUGUAGAAUGCUGAUGAUGAAUGAACACUCUGCUAAGGCAGUUGAGUUUUUAAUUUGGAGUUGCACAUGCAUGGAACAGUCCUAUCCACUAUUGGGAGUUGGCUUUCUCAGCUGGAGAAGCACCUUGUAUUUAGCAGUGUGCCAGUGCUACAUUGAGUGUGAAAUGCAUAACAAUGCAGAGGAAUUUGCAAGGAGAGGCUUGGACAAGGUUCAUCAGUUGCACGAGGUGGAAAAAUCCAAUGGCAGUGCUAAUAUCGAGAAAGCAGGGAAAACAUUCAGAAUGGCUGCCUUUAAGCUGGGCCUAAUUAUAUUUCGUCGUGCUGUCUUCACAAAAAGGAAGAAACAAAAGGUAACAAUGAGAGCGAAAAAGGUGCCACUGAAAGAUAUGGCUGAGCAACUGUGGCCAAGGACACAAACAGAGCGCCUCCUCUCAGACAUGUUUAGUGGCAACACUGCCAGGUUUCUGGCUGUGCUGGAGACCCUUACUAUCCCCAGACGCAGGGUUCUUAACGUGCUGCCACCUAGUGGGCCACCGGAGGACAAGGAAGUGUGGACUGAACUAUUCUUUGCUGCAGUACAUUUACUAAACAACAAGAGUGAAGGAAUAUUUUUGGAACUUGGUGCUCUUGAAAUUGGAGCACUUAACGAUGACCUUGUUUAUAAAGGGUGUAAUGGCGUGUCCGUCAGUAGCUUGAUGAAAUUGAUCGAACUUCUGUACAGCUACCAUGAGUGGGAACACUUCCACACUGUUGCUUUGAAAACUCGUGACGUCCUACGACUCACAGGCACUCAUAGCAACCAUGUUGUCAUUCUUGACAUCUUGAUCAUCAUGGCACCAGAACGUGAAACGAAAGGAAGUACCGAACCAAAGAACAGCCACCAAAGCAUGAUGGGCAAGUCUCGUACAGUUGAAAAUGCCCAAGAGUUUCGUCUAGAAGAUCGAGGUGAGAAACUAGUGGAAGCACUCCACAGAACGGUUUCUCACGCUGUCAGUGAGAUAGAUUCCGACAUCGUCAUUGAUGCAACUCUGUCUCUAUGGAGGGCGGUGGAGAGAGAGUAUCUAAAUGUCACGUGGGGUGCAAAACUCACAGAGAUGCAAGAACUGGUAUUGGCAGCACUGGAGGCAAUACAUUGUGUAUUUUCAUGGAGAGACCUAGCCUACAUAGACCCUGUGCUAACCUCUGUUGUUGCAUUAUAUUUUGGUCUUGCCCUGGAGGCCUCUGCUAUGAACAGUUCUAUUAGUAUGAGUAGGGGAUACCAUGUGAAAGCAUGCAAACUUGUCAGUGCUGCUCUCAAAGAUUUUCAAGAGAUAGAUAAGCCAUUCAAGACCCAUGUCACUCUGAUCUCAGAUCAAACAGUCAGUGGUAGAGAAACCAUAAAGGACUUGCACCUGGUGUUGGUUGAAGCUUACUAUAGGAUAUCAGUGAAGCUAGCACACCUGCCACCUGAACCAGCGGUUAGUGGAACAGCACGAUUCAGGCGUGACUGCCGUACCGGAGGUUUAGACCAGCAGCUCCCCCUGGUGUUGCCACGUACAAUGUCUGAGCUGAGGUGGGAAUGUGGAAGCUGUCACCUUCGCCGUGCCAUCGUCUGCUUGGCUGAUGCUGCAGAACUCAUGAAGACUGGUGCAGUGGCAGAUGCUCGAACUCUUAUGGAGGAUGUGGUGGGUCUUAUGAGACAAGGUCAGCAGAUGGAGACAAGACUGAACAGAGAUGAGAGUAAUUGUGUGAGUGACAAUGUUGUCCCCCCACCACCAACCCUCAUCAACAGAAGUGCCAGCAGUGCAACAUUUCUUCCUGCAGCAUGGAUCAAAUCAGAGCUGGUGGCAUGGUAUCAGCUAUUUGCAAGGUCAGCAGAGGGCAAUAUGGUAAAGGCUAGAUUCAGUGACUACCAUUUUCCAGGGACAGGAGUCAUGCCGGCGAUGACUGCAGGCUGGUAG